GGCCCUUCCCUUUCCCCUUUUAAUGGCGUAGAUCAUCCAACGAUCACCUCUCUCUCUCAGUCUCAAUCAUCUCCUCCUAUCUGUAGCAGCUUAACUCGCUAACAUACGCCUGGUGCGCUGUCGCCUCUACAGACGGAGAGAGAGAGAGAGAGAGAGAGAGAGAGAAUGACGAUCUUCCACUUCUUCAACUGCGCUAUUCUCACCUUCGGUCCUCACGCCGUCUACUACUCUGCAACCCCACUAUCGGAGUACGAUACUGUUGGAACGUCUGUUAAAGCUGCUGUUGUUUAUCUUGGGACAGCUUUAGUAAAGCUGGUUUGCCUUGCAACCUUUCUCAAAGUACCGGAGAAUGACAGUUUUGACCCAUAUCAGGAAUUGUUGAAAGCACUAAUUGGGUUUAUAGAUGUUGCUGGGCUUUAUUUUGCAUUGACACAGUUGACUCACCGGAACAUUUCCCAAAAUCAUAAAUUCCAAGCUGUUGGGCUCGGUUGGGCGUUCGCAGACUCCGUUCUCCACAGGCUUGCACCACUCUGGGUAGGCGCCAGAGGAUUAGAAUUUACAUGGGAAUAUAUUCUCCAAGGUCUUGAAGCUAAUGCUAAUCUGGUGUUGAAUGUGUCCCUUGCUGCCUUGGGAUCUUUGAUGUGGCUUCGGAAGAACAAACCCAAGACUCUGAUUCCUAUAAUUUAUGCAUGUGCUGGAAUUCUUGCAACCAUGCCAUCAAUUACAAGCUACCUGAGACGAGGUUUGGGGUGGCAUCUUCCAAAGGUUGUGGGCUUUGAACUCUUUUCAUCACUGGUCAUGGCCUUUAUUAGUUGGCAGCUAUUCAGCGCAUGUCAGAGACCUGUUUGAGGGGGGGAAAAAGAAGAAGAAAGAAACAGAUUGAGACUGAUGAGAUGAUUUGUUUUGGAAGGUUUUCGGAACGUCAUAAUCUUGUUUCAAAGGAAACACCUUCCAAGUUUUGUUUAUUGCAGUGACAUCUGUCAUGUUUUUUUCUAGCAUUGUAGAAGCUGACUCAAGCUUCAUCAUAGUUGAAUCCAUCGUCCACAAAACUAGUGUACUUUAGUGCUAAUGCUAUUCAAGGGAUUCUCUCUUUCA